AUGGCGCCCGCAGACAGUUCGAGCAGCAGCGCUGGACUGCCGGCCCUGGAGACGCUGCGCAGGGCCUCCAAGGCUGCCCCCUCGCAGCGCAGCGCCGAGCAGGCAGCGCUGCGGGACGCGGUGCAGCUGAACGCCGAGGUGGCCAAGGCGCUGCCGCUGGCGCGCCUCGCCCGGCCCGCCCGUGACGGCGCCGCCAUGUGCCUGGCCCAGCUGUCGCCGCGAGAGGCCACGGAGGCAAGGAUCACCUGGGCGCUGCUGCAGCUGGCGCGGGCCCUCUGCAUCACCCCACACUUUUGUGAGCCCGCCUUUGCCAGCCGCCCAGCCAACCACGCCGCCGCCUACGCUGCGCAGUGCUGCAAGGCGGCUGGCAUCGUGCCUGGCGUCGGCGCGGGCCGAAGCAGGGAGGAGAUCUGCCAGGAGGGGGCCCGCCGGGCGGCGCUCGGCCCGCAGCAGGCGGCGGCGGCCGCCGCCUGCCUGGCCGCCAUCCCCGAGCAGCCGCGCCAGCUGUGGCGCGACGGCCGCCUCUGGCUGCUGCUGGCAGUCGUCGCGGUCGCCUUUGCGCGGGGCGUGGACACAACAGAAGCAGACGAGCAAGGCGUGCAGCCCGACCUUGCCCUCAACUUCUGGGCCUCGGCCCUGCACCAGCUGGAGGAUGAAGGGCGCGUGGCGGCCUAUGGGCAUCAGCUGGCGGAGGCGGCCGCCGCCGCAGGCGCACCCGAGCCGCCCGUCGGCCUGGCGGGCCUGCGCUGGCUGUGCGCCAGCCGGGUGGCGGCGCUGGGGGCCCUGCUCAGCAAGAGCGCCGCCCUGGCGCUGCUGGAUGUGCGCGGCAACGUGAUGGCAGGCUACCUGCAGCGGGCGGUGGGGGAGCUCGGCGGCGAGUGCGGCGGCGUGCGGCUGCAGCGCGGGGCGGGCCUGGCCGCCAGCCCCGAGGCCGCUGCGGCCGCCGCGGCCGCCGCGGCCGGCGUCAUACUGCGCCUGCAGCCAGGCAGCCCCGACGCGCACCUGGCCGCCGCCUCGGCCGCUACGCCCGCCACCGGGGGCCCCGCCCCUGCGGAGGCGGUGGACCACGUGCGGCGUGCGCUGGUGCUGGCCCGCAGCCAGCGCAGCCUGAGCAGCUUGGUCAUCGGUGACAACAUGCUGGUGGCUUAUGCGGCGCAGGGGGAGGGUGUGUGCCCGGCAGCCGAGGCGCUGGCUGCAUGGGAGGAGGGCUCCGCGGCGCUGCGGCGCUGCGAGGAGCAGCUGCCCGGCGAGUGGGUGGCCCCGCUGCGCAAGGGCCGGGCAGCUGCGGAGAAGCUGCUGCGCCGCCUGGCUGCUGGCGCCGGGCCAGCCCGCGGCGGCGCUGAGGCCACCGCCACCUCCAGCCAGGCCGGCACCGCUGGCAAGCCCCCGCCGCCGCGCACGAUGUGGGGCGCGCUGGCCGCGCCUGCCGGCGGCAAGGCGCUGGCGCCAGGGCAGCCCACGGCCGCACAGGUGGCUGCGAACCCACACACCUUUGUCCAGGCUGCCGUUGCAGUAUCCAAGUGCGCCUGCUGCGGCAAGGAGGGGAGAUAUGAAAAGUCCCCGCUGAAAUAUUGCGCUGCCUGCAGGGGCGUGCAGUACUGCAGGAAGAAGAAAAAGCGGCAGCAGCAGCAGAGGCAGCAGCAGGGCGCAAGGCGGCCGCGGGAAGGUGCCGCCCGGCCGCCGCCAGUGGAGGCUGCCCGGCCGUCUUGGGACAGCACCACCAGUGACCAUUCCAAGUACAAGCUGAGCGAGGCGGAGCAGGCGUUCCGCCGCUCGCUGCGCCAGAGCCGGCACCACCUGCGCCCAGCUGCCGCUUCCACAGAGCCCCAGCAGGAUCAGAAGCUGAUGGGAUUGGAGGAGGCGUUGGCACGGGGGCUGCUUGGGGUGGAGGCAGAGGAGGGCGGCAUGGUGGGUGCUCACCCGGCAGAACUGGCGCUAGAGCCGGAGUCUACUGGCGACAGCUGGCUGGAUGGGGAGGAGUCGGAGGAAGGGGAGGAAGCAGCAGCGUCCCUGGAUGGCAUGCGGCAGUUCGUUGCAGGCCUGCAGCGCAAGUAUGGGCUCGGUCGCGGCGGCGGCGCUGACGGCAACCCCACGCCGGCCGUGCCAGCUGGGGCGGGGGACGGCGGUGGCAGCGUCGCUGCCUCCGCGCGGCGCAAGCUGGCGCAGCUGCGUGCCGAGCAGCGCGCCGCAGCGGCUGGAGGAGACCUUGAGUUCGGGGAUGGCGGGAGCGGUUGCGGCGGCAGCCAGGAGGAGGGCCGAGAGCUGGAGGAGAAGGACAGCUGCCCUGCUGGCAUGGCCGCCUCCCAGCCUGCUCCUGCACUGGCGGGCUCUGACAGCGAGGGGGAGGGACAUUACGGCCCAGCCGCGCUGCGCAGGGCGCAGCAGCGCCUGGCAGCAGCGGACGCAGCCGCCGCGGCUGCGGAAUCGGAUGCAGCACCCAGCUUCACCCCCCGUGGGGGCCGGUGCCGCCAGGUCAGCAGACACCUGGCAGCAGCGGUAAUGUCGGUGCCGUCGGCGGUACCGUCGCCAGCUCAGCAGGACCUGCUGGACAGGCUGACGGCAGCCGAGGCGCAGCUGGGGCGGGUGGCGGGGCUGGAGGCGGAGCUCCGCCAGACGCAGGCUGCAGUGGCGGAGCUGCAAGAGCGCAACGGCCAGCUGCAGACAGAGCUGGAUGCCUGCGUCAGCCACUCCCUGCAUGCCACCACCCAGCUGCAAGCCCAGCUGUCGCGCCUGCUGGGCAGCCACCAAGCCGGCAGCAGCACCGGCGGCGGCAGCCUGGAUGCCGCAGCUGAGGAGCCGCGCCAGCAGGCGGCCAGCCCCCGGCUGCCACCAGCUGCCAGUGUUGCCGUGGCGCAGGCGCGCGCGGUGGCAGAGGCGGUGUCGGUUGCGCAGCAGGCGCAUGCACACAUGGCUGGUGGCGCUGCCUCCAACUCCCCAGCUGCGCAGUGGGAAGGACAGGAGCGCCAGGCACCUGGCACUGGCAACCUGCUGCUGCCACGCUGUGAGCAGCAGGUGGAGCUGCCACAACGCAGUGAGCAGCAGGAGGAUGUGAUGGCAGGUAUGCAGCUGCCCAGCUUCCGGUGCUUUGCAGAGCUGCGGCGGGCGGCUGCCUCCAAGCCAGCCGCCAGCGCCGGGGAGCAGCUGGCAGCUCCAGGACUACCUGCUGCUGCUGCUGCUGCUGGCCUCCAGACUCGCGGCGGCAGGGGGGAGCAGGGCGGAGAGAACCACCCACCGCAGCCGCGCGCGCUGCCGCAGCGCCUGGCACAGCAGCGGGGCGGCGAUGCUGGCGGCGUGCAGGCGGCGGCGGCUGCCGACGUCUUCCAGUUGCAGCGCCUGGCCACGGCGGGAUGA